AUGUCCACCCGUAAAAAACUAAUUAAGCUUUAUUUUAAUCUGGCCUGUUGUAUAGCGCAACGAUCCCGUGCAUCGAGUCAAGUCGAACUUGUCACCACCGAGAAAGAAAUAUAUCAGACAUCGUCUACUCGCAAAAAUAUCUUUCGACGGCUUUUAGCCAUGAAUAGUCCGGAAUGGAUCACUAUGCUUAUUGGUUGUAUAGCAUGUGUAUUAAAUGGAUUAAGCCAAUCAGUGUUCCCGAUACUCUUGACUAAAAUCGUUACUGCAUUUAAAAACUGUGGAUACGCUGACACUAGCUAUCGAGUGCUAAUGGCCAGUUCAUAUUUUCUACUUCUCGGUGUAAUAGUCAUGCUACUGUUUUUGGCUCAGUAUGUGGCUUUUGCCAUAUCAGGAUCAAAAUUAGUUCAACGUAUUCGUUCAAAAGCAUUUUCAUGUCUCCUUCGUCAAGAAGUAGAUUAUUUUGAUCGACCCGAGAAUAGUUCGACUGCUAUAUGUGUUCGCCUGUCUUCUAAUGCUGCCGCCUUACAAGACAUGACUGGUACUCGAUUAGGUGUCGUCUGUGAAGCUCUGUCUUUACUCAUAUUCGGUCUUAUAUUUGGUCUUAUUUUCAACUGGAAAUUGACCGUAAUAGCCUUUAUACCUUUUCUACUUUUGGGCAUUUUCAUCUGCGUAAGCAUAAAAAUAAUGAAAACAUUAAAGGAAGAAUCGGAUACAUACUACAGUCGAGCGAGUUCGCUUGCCAUGGAAACCAUUAACAAUAUGCGUACGGUAAAGCAGUUUUCGGCGGAGAACGAAAUUUUACGUCAGUAUACUGACUUGAUUCAGCAAAUUCCAAAAGUAUCAUGGCGAUCGGAUCUUAUUAAUGCUAUAUCGCUUAGUGCAUCUUGGGACCUAGAUUCAUUCAUCGUAGUUCUUCUCUCUUACUGUUCUCUCGCGCUAGUUAAAAGCAAUCAGUUACCUAUGGAGAAUAUCAUCACAGUUUUUGCUUUUAUUACAUUUACAACACAAUCGAUCAAACUUAUUGCUAUUUUAUCAUAUCGUAUUGGAUCAUCUAUCACUGCUGCCAAUAUCUUUUUCGACCUCUUUGAUCGAACGCCAUCAAUCGACAAUACUUCUACUCAAGGACAAGAACUAGCGCGCUUUCAUGGCAAUAUAGACUAUGAUAAAGUGAAAUUUGCCUAUCCAACACGAUCGACAUCUGUGAUUUUGAAUAAACUUCAAAUAAAUAUAAAAUCUGGCCAACGUGUGGCUCUUGUUGGUACAUCUGGAUGUGGAAAAUCGACCAUUGUUCAGCUGCUAGAACGCUUCUAUGAUACUACACAAGGACAAUUGCUUCUUGACGGCGUAGACAUCCGACAAUUGAACAUUAAAUGGCUUCGUUCUCGUCUUGGUCUUAUUAGUCAAGAGCCUGUUUUAUUUGAUUUGACCAUAGCAGAAAAUAUUACAUAUGCACUAGACAACAUUUCCAUGGAAGAGAUUAUCAAGGCUGCGAAAAAAGCUAAUAUUCACAAUUUUAUUCAACAACUACCACAAGGCUAUGAGACGAGAGUUGGCGUGAAAGGUAGCUUUUUGUCUGGUGGAGAAAAACAACGUAUUGCCAUUGCACGGGUACUUCUUCGUCAGCCAAAGGUCUUGCUUCUGGACGAAGCAACGAGUGCCUUGGAUUCUCAUAAUGAACAAAUUGUUCAACACACCCUUGAUCAAGCUCAAGCAGAAGAUCUUAGCCGAACGUCGAUAAUAAUUGCGCAUCGUCUAUCGACCAUUUGCUCAUGCGACGUCAUUUAUGUACUCGACGAGGGACGUGUGGUUGAAAAUGGUACUCAUGCUGAACUGCUGCAACAACGAGGAAUAUACUAUAAACUGUUCUUUGCGCAAAACAAUUAA